ACACACUGAGAGAGAGAGAGAGAGAGAGAGAGAGAGAACGAGAGAGAGAGAGAGAGCGAGAAGAGAAAAAGAGGAAGAGGCAGGGAGUGCUCGAGAAAUAGAGUGGAUGUAAAAUAGGCAGCUUCUGUGACAGCGCAGACAAAGGUAGCUUCAGAGUGCAUGUGCGCCAGCUAUUUCAUUCACCCAGACACUCUCUCUCUCUCACGCACAUCCCCUCUCUCUCUCUUACUCACUCACUCACUCACUCACUGAGGCACACACACACACACACACACACAUCCGAGCAGAAGCGGCAGAGCUGUGUGGGUUCGAGGCAGCAUGAGAAGUGAUAUCUGUGCGUCAACACACAGCUGGCUGAUGGACUAACUUAAUUACAGCACACACACAUACUCCACGCACACUCACAGGCACACCUUGAUUAUAGGGAAGCAGACACACAGAUCCACACACACACACAUUACGCUCAGAACUGUCUGCAUCCAGAAGUCAACAUGGGUCUUGUGGUGGGAACCUUUUCCAUGCACACCAAGCAGGUGAACUACCACAAAGACAAAGCUGACGAUGACUUGGAGAUGACCAUGGUGUGCCAUCGGCCGGAGGGCCUCGACCAGCUAGAAGCACAAACAAACUUCACCAAAAGGGAGCUCCAAGUUCUCUACCGAGGCUUUAAGAAUGAGUGUCCCAGUGGUGUCGUAAAUGAGGACACUUUCAAGCAGAUAUACUCGCAGUUCUUCCCACAUGGAGAUGCCAGCACCUACGCUCACUUCCUGUUCAACGCGUUUGACUCAGCACACAGCGGCUCCAUAAAGUUUGAGGAUUUUGUAACAGCUCUGUCCAUCCUGCUGAGGGGUACCAUCACUGAGAAGCUACAGUGGACCUUCAACCUCUACGAUAUAAACAGAGAUGGAUAUAUAAACAAAGAGGAGAUGACAGACAUUGUGAGAGCGAUAUACGACAUGAUGGGGAAGUACACUUACCCUGUAUUAAAAAAUGACGCACCCAAACAGCAUGUGGAUGCUUUUUUCCAGAAAAUGGACAAAAACAGAGACGGUGUGGUCACUCUGGAUGAAUUCAUCCUUUCUUGUCAAGAGGAUGAAAACAUCAUGAGGUCUCUUCAGCUCUUUGAAAACGUCAUCUAAACUACAAAGGAGCAAAGGGAAGGUGCAAUAAAUAAAAGCACAGACAAGAGAAAAAAGAACACAGAACUAAGAGGAGGAGAGACAAUUACGCAAAAAAAGAAAAGAAGCAUGGAUCUUGUCACUGCAUGGGACCACAGGACCUCGUGGGGGCGUCUUGCUGUAACCAAUCCAUGGUGACAAACCAUCACAGGUUUUGGAGAAGUCCUUCAGACUUCAAUCCUUCAUUGGAUCUUGUCCCUUUCUUUCAUGUGUUGCUGUUUGUCUGGUAACAGACAGAUGGGACAUUGUGUAAAUACUAAUUCUCUUGAAUUCGGUUGAACUUUUCCAAAAUAUGUAAAUGAAACCAGAUUAUAAAGCUGUACAGAAAUUCCUUAAAGCAGUUCAGCAGUGAGAUCAAAGUAACGCUAACCUGGGGCUUAAAUUAACAGCUUCUCUGAUGAUGAAUUUGUGUGUUUAUAAAAUAAAGGUGAGCAAUAUUGUGAAGAAUGCACGACAGAAGCCUGAGGAAUAUGUUAUGUAAUGUGUGCCAUACAAGUACUUGGUUGCAGUUUACUCUUAAGUGCAUACAUUUUGGAAGCAAAGGUCUGAGUGGAGCUGUCUUAUUUAGAUUUAUGUAAAUCAGAUGCAGUCUGUAACGGUUUGUAGAGCUGAAUUUAAACUCAGAUAGCUUAUAUUCAUUUUGUGACAGCUUACAGCAGCCUUAAAGCUCCUCCUGCGUGUUUUGCAGUGGCGUCUGUCAGUGUGUAAAUGUUAGAACACAACUUUAGAUAUUUAAUGUGGUGUUUGUGGCUUUUUCUGCUGUAAGAAGCAUUUGUCUGUCUGUGUGAUCUGUUUCUGCCUAUCUGUCUAUCUUUCUGUGAAGUCAAACUAAAUUGUAAGAAUUCUACCUGACACUCAUUGUUAAAUAAAAAAACAUGUGGAGGUUUCCUGGUGUAAGAUGAAGGGAUGUGCAUGUGUGUGUGUCUAUUUGUGUGAGUGCGUGUGUGUGUGUGUAUCUGUCAGCCUGAAUAUAAAUUGCCGUUGCAUGUUGCUACAUCGUGUGGAUGCUCCUGUCAGUCCAUCUAAACAGGCUAUGUUUCUGCUGAAGAGGAGAGUUUCUCUGUGGGAAAAUGUCGAUUGAGAGCAACCAACAUUUCACUGUGAGGGCCAGACAGAGGAGCAGAAGGACUGCUGAGAAAGACAGAUGAUGAGAGAGACCUUUUCACUGAUUCUGAAGGAAUGGAAGCCAUGUUUCAAACAAGAGCCAUCGUGUUGAAGAUUGAGCAGGACAAAAGUACAGAUUCAUAGAUGAUUCACUGUCAUGCCCACUCACUGUGCUACCAGUAGUGUAAUAAAAUUCUGGCUCUUAUCAAAUGUACCCAGACAUACUUCAGAUAGACUGACAGGCAGGUAGAUAAACAGAUAGACAGCUUAAAACUGUCAGAAUGAAACCAUGUGUGUGUUCAAAUAUUGUAUAAAAUCAUUAUAUUUAUCAAUAAACUUUUCAAGAAACAAUAUUAA